GCGAAGGGGAGGAAGGGGAAGAUGGCGGCGUUGCAGGGGUUCCCCGUUUCGGUCUCUUACAGCCACAGUGGCUGCGUCGACACAUCGGCCGGGCCGCAGCCCCAGCACCAGCCGCCACACGCCGAGCGGAGCAAGGAAGAGGCGACAGAAGCCGAAAAGCUGAGUAGAAUGAACUCCUUGUUGGAGAAACUGCAUACAAAGUACAGUCAGACAAGGCCCUGGACUGAAACAGCAAAACUAGUUCGGCAAGCCAUGGAGAAAAGAGGUGUAAUGAACACAGGAGGCCACCAGCAUCUUAUUGCCUGUUUGGAGACUCUGCAAAAAGCAUUAAAAGUCAUGUCCCUGCCUGCAAUGACAGACCGUCUAGAGUCUAUUGCGAGACAGAAUGGCCUUGGUUCUCAUGUGAGCCCUUCGGGUACUGAGUGUUACAUUACGUCAGACAUGUUCUAUGUGGAAGUGCUGUUGGAUCCAACAGGUCAAGUGUGUGAUGUCAAGGUGGCACAUCAUGGAGAAAGCCCUGUGACCUGCCAGGAACUGGUGCAGUAUCUGAGAGAGAAGAAUUUUUUGGAGUUCUCGAAUCACCUUAAAGGCCUUGUCAAUCUAUAUAAACUUCCUGGGGACAAUAAAUUGAAAACUAAGAUGUACCUGGCUCUGCAGUCCCUGGAGCUUGAUUUAUCUAAGAUGGCGCAUAUGUUCAGGUUAGCAACAAAUGCAAGUAACCUUGAUACAGUACUUCAAGGAAGUGUUGGCUACCUUACCCCAAGGAGUGGUGGACACUUAAUGAACUUAAAGUACUACAUCUCACCCUAUGACCUGUUUGAAGAGGGAACUGGUUCUCCUAUGAACCUUAAUGAAAAUAACGUUCCUCGUUCCUUGGGUAUGAAUGUGUAUGUAACAAUUGAGGGACGUGCGGGAAUGUGUAAACUGCCAAUAGCUCCCUUGAUCACAGGUUCUCAUCCCACAGACAACAAAGGCACUCCUUCCUUCUCUUCUGUGACAAAUGCCAACAGUGUGGACCUUCCAGCCUGCUUCUUCCUAAAAUUUCCACGACCAAUUCCAGUAUCAGCAUUCUGCAUACAGAAACUUCAGAAUUUCUUAGGUAUCCCACUCUUUGAUCCUCCUGCCACUCCAGUUCCACUCUAUGAAUUGAUCACGCAGUUUGUCCUCUCAGGGAAGGAUGGCAGCUCAUCAGCUUUGAAACACAACAUGCGGUUUUAUGCUUCUUUACCAGGCCAGCAGCAUUGCUACUUUCUGAAUAAAGAUGCCCCAAUCCAUGAUGGAAGGUCCCUCCAGGGGACACUGCUUCAUAAAAUCCCUUUCAGGCACCCAGGUCAGGUGCCGCAGAUUCUCGAACUUAUCCGACAUCAAGUGGCCUACAACACGCUGAUUGGGAGCUGUGUGAAAAGGACUGUACUAAAGGAAGAUUUACCUGGACUCUUGCAAUUUGAGGUGUGCCCACUGACUGAUACCAGCUUCAGCCUGUCUUUCCAACACCCAGUCAAUGACUCCCUUGUCUGUGUUGUGAUGGAUGUGCUGGACUCAAGACAAGUGAGCUGUAAACUCUAUAAAGGACUCUCUGAUGCCCUCAUCUGUACUGAUGACUUCAUUACCAGAGUUGUACAGCGAUGUAUGUCCAUCCCAGUGACGAUGCGAGCAAUCCGCCGAAAGGCUGAGACCAUCCAAGCAGACACACCGGCCUUACCCCUCAUUGCAGAGACAGUCGAGGAUAUGCUGAAAAGAAAUCCACCACCAGCCACAAGUCCUGGCUACAGCACACAACUGGGCAACAACCCAGUGAGUGGCACCACGACUCCAACAAGCACCUUUCCUGGGCCCAUCACCAGCAUCUUCAAUUUAGGAAACAUGGGUGUGAAAGAAAGGCAUGAGUCAGGGCACGUGGAGGAUUCCUUUAAAGUAAAUCAGAACCCCAUUCUGACUAGUUUACUUCAAAUUACAGGGAGUGUUGGUUCAUCCAUUGGUUCGAGUCCUACGCCACCAGGCCAUACACCACCACCAGUAUCUUCCCCUGCAAGUAAUACCAAAAAUCAUCCCAUGCUCAUGAACUUACUCAAGGACAACCCAAGCCAGGAUUUCUCUACACUAUAUAAUAGUAGCCCUUUGGAGAGACAGAAUUCCUCAUCAAGCUCUCCUAGAAUUGAUGUAGCUUCAGGCAGCACGAAACAGAAAAAGAAGAGGACAAGGUCGCAGACAGAUAAGCCCAAGCAACAACAGACCGAGGAGGACUUUCAGAGAGAACUCAUUUCCAUGGACUUUGAUGCCCCAAACAGUGUCUUUGAUGUAAACCUGGCUGGAGAUUCCUUGGACACUCCACACAUCACCCCUGCCCCUAGCCAAUGUAACACACCACCUACUACCUAUCCUCCCACAGUUGUGCAUUCUCAGCAAUCCAGUAUGCAGAGAAUGGUGCGCCUACCCAGCACAGACAGCAUUGGAGCAGAUGUCACAGAGAUUCUCUCUGACAUAGCAGAACAGACUGCGAAACUGGCCACCGCAGGGGACAAUUGCCAAUCCAUUGGGACACCAGUCCGUGAUUCUUCAAGCUCUUCUCAUUCUGCUGUAAAUAGUACGUUUGAUGCAGAUGUUUUUCAAGGUGAAAAUAAUGACAAUACAUACACUGAUCCUGCAGAUUUAAUAGCCGAUGCUACUGCUACUCCAACCAGUGACUCUUCAAACCAAUUUUUUCCCGAUGGAGUGGAUUUUUUAUUAGAUAAUCAAGGUGGGAAUAAUUUUGUGAGUGGCUAUUUUGAUGAGAACAGCCAGGGUGGAGAUGGCGAGGAUACAAAGAGCUUUCCGUCACAAGCACUUGAUUCAAAUGUGCAUGCAAUGAGUAGUGACGCUGGAGAUCGUUCCAAAGGAAGUAGCCAUACAGACAUGGUGGAUUUCAGUAUGUUUACAAGUGGUAGCAAGUCCUUGGGGCCAUCCGAUGGGAUGGAACACAGUGGGAAUCAGAGCCCUUUGUUGAGCACUGUGGAGGUAGGAAAAAUGGAUAAAUCUCAAAAGCAGCGAUCUGCUAAGGAGGGAAAUGGUAGCAGCAGCAGCAAUUUAUCAGGGAUAGGCACUGAUGGAAAGCCUGGGAAACGUACUAGGACACCAUCGAAUGAAGGGAAAAGCAAAGAAAAACCUCCAAAACGCAAGAAAACUGACUCAGAAAGUAAAUCUCCCUCUCAUAGUGUAUCAAGUCGUCCUUUUACUCCACCAGUUAGCACCACUGGCUCGAAGUCACCUGGAAGCUCCAGCAGGUCGCAGACACCACCUAGUGGGGCCACACCUCCAAUUCCAAAAAUUACAAUUCAGAUUCGCAAGGAGAUGGUUGGCAAGUCCUCCUCACAUAGUCAGUUUGGUUCAGGCCCUUCAUCUAGCAGUAAAAGUCAUCACUCUCAUUCCUCAAAUUCCUCUUCCUCUAGCAAAGUGAAAAGCAACAAAUCAGAAGGUUCUUCUAGUUCCAAAAUGAGCAGCAGUCUUUAUCCAGGCCAAAGCAGUACCAAUUCAAGCCAGUCGAAGAGUUCUCAGUCCAUGGGAAAACCCAGCUCUUCUCCAGUCACCAAGCAUGGAUUAACCAGCAGUAAUAGUUUGAGUUCCAGCAACAGUAGUAGUAAUAAAAUGAAACCACAAGUUAAGUCGUCAUCUUCCCUGGUUAACCCAUCUGGAGGAAAGCCCAAUGUGUCUCCUUCCCACUCAAGACCUUCAGGUAACUCCGACAAACUUUCUUCACCAUUGAAGCCCAUCCCCGGGACCCCACCUACAAAAGCUAAAUCUCCAGUAAGUUCUGGCUCCGGAGCUUCUCACAUGUCAGGUUCUGGUUCCAGUUCAAGCAUGAAACAGACUUCUGGUAUGGCGUGCUCAAGUUCUUCGAACCAGAAGCCUCCAACCUCCUCAUCUUCUUCCUCCUCUUCCUCUGCUUCCUCGAUGUCCUCAUCUCAGAAUGCUCAUGGAAACUUAAUUAAAGGAAAAUCUCCAAGUCGAACCAAGAAGCCAUCCUUGACUGCUGUGAUUGACAAGUUGAAACACGGUGUGGGUGGUGUAGGCGGUUCGGGUUCAGAAGACUGUGUGGAUGGUCAAGUGACUACAACAACGAUGUCUUCUACUCAUAACGUGCCAUCCAAACACAAUAUGUCCCCUGCAGAUUACCAGGGGAAGCGAGAGAAAAGUGACAAAGAUGGAAAAUCCAAGGUGUCUGUCUCAGGCAGUUCAGGUGAUGGUGGAAAGAAAUCGUCUGACUCCAAGAAUGGUGGUGGUACUGGUGUGGCAAAAAUUAUCAUUAGCAAGCAUGAUGGUGGUUCUCCCAGCAUUAAGGCCAAAGUAACCUUGCAGAAGCCAAGUGAUGGUAGUGGCGAUGGUUUGAGACCACAGAUAUCUGGCACAAAAAACUAUGGCUCACCAUUGUUCAGUGGUUCAACGCCGAAACACGAACGCUGUUCGCCAAGUUACAGUAAGUCUCCUGCCUACACCCCCCAAGGGGGAGAUAGUGGCAGCGAAUCAGGAUCAUCCUUUGCUGAGAAAUCCCACCAGAACAGUCCGAGUUCAGAUGAUGAUAUCCGACCACUCCCCGAGUACAGCUUGGAAAAGCAUAAAAAGCACAAAAAGGAGAAAAAGAAAGGGAAGGAUAAGGAUCGUGACAGAGACCGAGACCGAGAUCGGGAUAGAGACAGGGAGAAGAAAAAAUCUCACUCCAGCGUCAAGCCAGAAAGUUGGUCAAAGUCUCCUAUUUCAACUGACCAAUCGUUAUCUAUGGCAGGGAGCACAUCCCUGAACUCUGAAAGGUCGUCUCGUCCUAGCCCAGCGUUUUUGUUCGGUGAUGAUGAUGACCUUAUGAAUGUGGCUCUGAUUGGGAACUGAACUGAAGUACAUUGUUUUUAAAGCAAGACUGUCUAUUGUCAGACUAUAGUAUUUUGUUGCUGAUUAUAUAAGGUUCUUGACCUUAAGCUAAUAACUUGCUGAGACUUUGGCAGAUGCCUCAGAUUUACAUGCGUUGGUGUUAAAGUUUGUCUUUUUUUCCAUGUCAGCAACCAAUUAUCAAACAGUGUAUGUGAAAUGUAACAUUUUGUACAUUUUUGAGAGGUUGGGCUUUAAGUUUUACAAGAACAUUAUUUUGUCUUCCCUUGCUUAUCAGUCUAAGGGAGCAAAGUCUACCCAAAUAUUGGGGCUUUUGUACGAAGACUUCCUGACCCAAAAAAAAGGGUUGGGCCCAAAAAAAUCUUAGCAAUUCUUCAUGCUCCUAAUUUCCUCCUUCUGUUUGGUUCCCACAUUUUACAACUGUUUUACUGAUUGAAAUCUUCUUUAAAAUUGAAAAGAGGCUGAGGCCUUGUGUGCUAUAAGUCUCUUCUCAUAUUUUUCAAAUGAAUGAGAUGACAGUGAGAGUACUUUCUCCUUGUCUCCCAUCCGACAUACAAAAGAUAGAUUUUAUUUAACUAUUUACAAGGCCCAAAUUCUUUUUAUAUAAACCUAAGAUGCUUUUAACAUACUUUAUUUUUAACUAUUUAUUAAUCUCUUAACUUGAGAAUUGUUUCAUGUGCUAAUUCAAAUCAUUUUUUAAAACAGUUUCUGAAGCUUCUUGUAAACUAUUUUGAAGGCAGAGGAUUUGCAUUGCUUUCAAAAUGCAGGCUGUUCUGCAGCCUCUCUUUCAGUUUUAUGAAGAGUAAGAAUAUGUACUAUUAUUUGUAUUAACACUUUGAAGCUGAUGAUUUAGUUUAUUUGAAAGGGUUUUUGUCAUUUCUCUGUCAUCUUCUGUCAAAUCCAGUAUGAGAUUUUUGUCUUGUAACUCUUUCCUGCUUCCUCCCAGUUUCAUGUUGAGUUGGAGUUUGCAUCCAUAUGCACCAUUAGGUUUAGAUGAAAGUUUUUACUAAUUAUCUGAAAACUAAACCAGCCAAACAUUUUAACUGAUUUCCCAGAUGCCUAUUACAUUUGACAUAAUUUUGCACCCAUUGCUUAACCAAUGAUACGUGUUCUCCCUUUUGUCCUGAUGAUCGAGGGUCAAUUGAUGUUGCCAGGAGACGAUUACUUAAUUGCAUGCAGACACUGUUCUUAAAAAGCAGGAGAGAAACCUGACGUAGAAUACGGUCUGCUAUGUUUGUCUAAAACCCAUGGAAACAACUGUUUGUGCUGUCCAGUUCAGAAAAGGAGAUUGGUACUAAAACAGAGCAGCAUUUAAUUGGAAAAUUUAAGUGCUCAUUGUCUGACUUCACAUUAUUGUUGGGGAACGUGCUGUGUGUGUGCGCACACUCACAUCAGUGGAAUAGUGAAGCAUCUUUAAAACAAUUAUAUCAUCUGUGCAACCAGAUUAUGACAAACACAAUCUAGUGUUCAACCCAGAUGUGUCCCUGUGCGUUAGUUAGCUGGAUGAAAAUUUCAAUUCGUGACUUUAGGAAGGUUCAAGCAUUAAGAGUGAGUACUAUAAAUAUAAAAAUGAAAAUUCAUUUCCAUGUUAUCCUGACACCAGAUUUCAGUAAACGCCUCAGAUCUAUCUUAUAAACCAAAUAUUUAAUUAUGUGGCUUAACUGGACAAGCUGCCAUGCAUUUCAAAGCAAAUGCUGAUAAUUAAAUUUGGGAUCUAAAGUAAUUAUUGAAUUGUACACAUCUCAGCAAUGGUUCAGAUAAUGGGAAGGGUGUUUUCCUUUUGUUCUACAUGUUAUCCAGUUUCACCAAAGAAAUCAUUCAGUAGCAUUGCCAAAUAAAGAUUCAUUGGCAUUUUGCGCAAUUGGUAAUGAUUUUGUAUGAUGAAAGGAAAUGUAUGAUCAGUUACAAUUUCUAAACAGUGCAAGGGUGACUGCUGAAUGUACUGAACCAGCUGUGAAAGCUUGGCUCCCAGAAUCUAAUAGGUUGUAUGUACAUUGUGGAUACUUUCCAUGCAGUGAACAUGAGUGAAAGACCCAACUACAGAUGGGAUACUUCUUACAUGCCUCAUUUGGUUUCUUUUGUUCACCAAAGUGAAUGGAAAGAAGUUGUACAGGUGUUAAUGAUCAGACGAUGCAUAUCAGCAAUCUUCCAACUAGGCUCAAAAUUUUAAUUCACCUCAUUCUCUUAGAGCAGUUCUCAUCUCUACCAGUGUAAGACCAACUUGUAGUAUUUCCUUUCCUCUUCCAUUGGCUUUGACUCAAAUUCUCUUACCCAGUGUAUGUUAUUGCAUCUGUUUAUACUUUGUUAUCUUUACCUGUAAUCAGCCCUCACUAUUCCUCCAGUCCUCAAAGCACUGACUCUCAUUUGGGCAGGGUAAUUAAUACAAGCACCUACCAUUGAUGCACCUAAGUAGCCGUAUUCUAUUGUCAUGAUAACAAAUGCCAGCAGGUUCUUUGAAGGAUGUUGUUCCAAAGCCCAGCCCUGUUCUUGCUUAACAUCACGUGAAGUUGCAGCUUCCAAACCAUAGCACGUGAUGGUGAUCAGUAACUGACACCCAGGCCCACCAGUCCCUACCUAGGCCGUUAGUGUGAACAAACCCAAUUGCAGUCCUGGAUGAGAUUGAUGUCCUCAGCAGACCGUAGGAACCCACCUGCUUUAGCGUUCCUUAAAAUAUUUGUAUUUUGUAUGGGAAAUACCUUAAAGACUUCCAUUCUGCAAAUUGUAGCAGUUUCUUGAAGGUACAGAUAAUUCCCUGUUGUGAGAAAAUAAAGUAUUAGUUUGAAUUCAUAUUACGUUAGUAUCAAAAAUAAGAUUUGAUGGCUUUUAUUAUCAAAAUUGAAGAUAGCAACAGGUACAAUUUUUAAAAAAUUAAUGAAAUUUGACAAUUGCAUUGACAGUAUUAGGAAAAUAUGAUUUAAUCCAUAUUUAAAAAUGUUUGCAAAGUAUGAAAUUAAGUCCUGUCAUUGAUGAAUGGUAGCAUUUAUUAAACCUGCAGUUCUCAAAUAUAUGAGCUUUUAUUGAUAUUGAUAUUGGUAUUGAGACACACAAAAGCCACAAUUUUUAGCAAUAUUGUUUGUCAUAUUGUAUUUCGUGCAUAGUUCAACAGGUUUGAAAACCUGCAGAUGCCAUGGCUUUCUAAUCAUCUAUUCACUGUGGCUAAUUGCGGGCAUGAAACAGAAUUAUAUCAGCAAAAUGUUACAUCAGAGGAUGAGGCUAAAGAACCUAUUAAAUCUGCCACAAUGUUUUCUUCACGUGUCACCUGUUCUGUUCUGUUCUCCUGUUUCAUUUGUUUCCUAUCCCAUGAUUUUUGUCUCAUUUUUGUGUAUUUAUCUAAAUACUUUAAAAGUCACUCAGAUUCUGUUUCAUUUAUGAUCUAAAAAGCCAAAUCCCCCACACCUCAAAAGAAUUUUUUCUUUUAUAUUGGGACAGCUUGUUGGAAAAACAUGAAAGUGCACACCUGGCUGGUCAGCAACCAAAAGUGAAAAUUGUAAAGUAUUAAAUAUGGAUAAUCUUCAAUCACCCAAAGUGAAAGUGCUGCCUCAAAUCUCAACCUCAUUUAUCAAAAUGGACAAAAGGAAAAGCAAAAAUAUAUUUCUGGAUGUAUUGUCAGAAUUUUAAGUUGGACACAUAAUUUACAUUUUCCUAGUAUGAUGUUCUAUGUGCUUGGAUAGUCAGUGUAAAUAGUGUUCCUAGUUGCCUAAAGGGUAAAGUUACACCUUUGUGAGCAGUACAGACCCGAGCACCCCUGUUUCAUUCCUUAUCUUGUGCUGAGUUCUAACCAGUAGUGACAGUAGCUUUGGUACCUCUAGACUUUAGGGAGGAGAAAAACAGCGUGAAUUUUUUUGUCAGUGUUUCGCAGUGCCUGCUAGAAAAUGAUGUGCGAAAAAUAUCUGUAAUGUACAACAUAGUCAAAGACUCGGACCAUGCACCCAGUCUAAUCCUGAAUAAGGAAUGACCCCUUGGGUGAGGCAUCAAAAGAAUGCCCUGGAACUACCCUAACAAGAGUCGGUGACAGUGAUGGUGACAGCAGAGAAAACUGCAGCUGUCAAACAAAUUUAAAAUUCCUAUUUUAGAGCUCAAGAUUGCAUUUCUCCCUGCUUUCUCAAUUACACAGCCGUUUUGAAGUUUGCAUUAGUUGCUUGCAGUAGUUGGUUGGGUGUGAAUAUAAAAACAAAAGUCAAAAUGUGUGAUUUUGCUUUUAAAUUAUUUCCAGAAACAUUCAAAGAUUUGCUUUUUAAAAAGUAUUUUUAUAUGUAUUUUGGCAUAGCACCUUGUAAUUUCGGUUUGUACAGCGAUCUCAGUGUGACAGUGAAAAUGCCCAGUGUUUUACUAAAGCAGAUGUAGGUAAAGAAAAUGAGUGACCACUUCAUAUUUCAUGAAGAAUUGUUUUGCAUUUCCACGCUGCGUGUAGAUUGAUUUGCAGAUUUCCUCCUAUUUAACAUAAGAGCUAGAUUUGUGCCAUACACCUUGCAAAAUGUAAAUAUUUUUCUGGCGUCUGCAUUGAAAUAGGUAUUACUUUGAGGGAAAAAUAGAGGUGUUAUUGUUCAUACAAUACUUGGAAAGUAACAGGAGUACUUCUGUGUGUUAAUGUUACAUUUGCAGAAAUUUCCUCUGUAUGUAGCACUGUUGACUUUCUGCAUCGUAAUUUUGAUGUUCUUACAUAUGUUUUUCUUUAAAAACAAAUUGUAGGAAAGCAGGGGAUGACAUUCUUUCACCUUAAUACCUGGGUUUAAAUGCAUCCCAGCCAAUCGGAUUCAGAGGUUGUUUAGGACCAUAAGUGACGUAUAUUUAAAAUCUCAGAAAGAUACAGCCCAGCAGACGGUUUUUCUAUGCAUCGCACCUGUACUUGCUGUUUGAUAGGGCUCCUCAUUAAUUCCACUCACUUGCUGUUUCUGCAGAAGCCUAAUUAUUUUUCCUUGAAGUAUUUAACUAAUUCCCUUUUGAAUCUGCUUCCAUGCUACCUGAUUCUGUUGCAAAUGUGGGUCCUUCAGUUACUAACCUUUUUGCCACGAAGAAUUCUUCCUAUGACUUUAUCAAAAGGUUCCAUGACUUUGAACCACCCCUUUCAAAUUGGUUAACCUGGGCAAGAGAUGCAAAGCCAUCUUGACCUGAAAUGCUGACUUUGUUUCUCUUGACAAGUGUUGCCUGACCUGCUGAGUAUUUCCAGUAUUUCUUCUGUUUGAUUUCAGUUUGUCAGCGUCUGCAAUAUUUAUUUUUUUUUCUUAACCGUCUCAACUCGAGCAGACCCAACUUCUUUAGUCUCUGCACAUAGAUUGAAGUUUCUCACCUCUUUCUGGUAAACGUCUUCUGCACGCUUUGAAGGCUUUGACAUCUUCAUAAUCUGGUGUUGAUUGCAGCAUUUGGACUGAGACUGAGCCAGUGUUUUCUAAAGGUUUUGGUGUAACUUUGCUUUUUGUACUCUCUGUCUCAUUAAUAAAGGAUCCCAUCUGCUUUUCUUAGCAGUCUUCUCAAUCUGCCCUUCAUAUUCAAAGAUUUGUGUACAUAUGACCCAGAUUUCUCUGUUAAUGCAUCCUUUAUAACAUUGUAAAAUGUAAAUAAAAUUUUAACUACU